AUGUGGAGAAUGCAAGAGUCUCGAGUGUCGAGCACAGAGACGAUGUCACCCCUGGGGCCUCCCGUGCAGCAGCAGCAAAUCGACGAGGUCCACGUCGAGAAUAAUAACGGAUCGGCCCUCAGGCCCGUGCGACCCGGCGAUAGGCAGCGUCAUAUGCAGCAGCUGCUGCAGGUACGGUCUAUGACGGACAACGCGUCGUCGUUCGUCGUUGGCUCGCGUUACAACGAGCAUCUGCAGAGUCGUUUGCUCUCUUUGUCGUCGUCGGACUCGACUCGGAGCAGCAGCAAACUCGACGAGGCAGACUCCGUCAGAGCCGCCGCCGAGACCACAGAGGACGAUGAGCUCAGCGAGGACGAGGAAGCCAAGACGACGACGAAGCUCGCGAGGCUCGAGGACGAGCAAGACGAAGUGGAUGACGUGGAUCGCGAAGUGGAUAAUAAAAGAAACAUUAAUCGGAACGAUGUGCAGAGUGCGGGUGAGCAGCAGCAACGGGACGUCGACGUGGAAACGGACGAUGUCGAGGUCGACGUGUGCCGCGACGACGACGACGACGACGAAAACGUCGAAGUCGACGCUUCGGCGGCUCCCACUGCCGUCAGCGCCGCCGAGAGCAAUCCCAGCAGUCCCGUCGAUCUAACGGCGAGGAGCAGCAGCAGCCAGGAUCAGCCGCAGCAUCAGCAGCUGGCCCCGGCUUCCCAAUUCGUGCAUCCUUUGGCGAGUCGCGCCGGUCUGCACGCGUUCACGUGUCUGGCCAACGGCAUGCCCGGCACCAUAGUACCGGGACACUCGCCCCUCGUCAACAACAAUCAUCAUCAUCAUCAACACCCCCAUCAUCAUCCCCAUCACCCUCACCACCACCACCCGCAUCAUCAUCAUCAUCAUCAUCACGGGCACCCGCUUGGCUUCCCGACGGUCUAUCAUUUGGCGGCAGCAGCGGCCGCCACGACCGCACCCCAUCAGCCACAAGAACAACAACAACAAGUCUCCUCGAUCGCCGGCAAAAGCACGACCUGCACCACGACGAUGACCACGUCGACUCAGCAGCAACAGCAGCAGCAACAACAAACAGCUCAGACUGGUCAGACGACGACGACUCAGCAGCAGAAGAGGUGCCUGGCCUUCUCCGUGGAGAACAUCCUCGACCCGACCAAGUUCACCGGCGGCAGGCUGUCGUUGCACGCCAGUGGCGGCAGGCCGUCGCAUCAUCGCAGACGCAAGCGCAGCGGCAGCAUUCACGAAGACAGCGACUCGCGAGGCGAAUUCGCGAACGGCAGCGGCCAGGAGGACGACGCGGCCACGUCCGACCAGCUCGACAUGGACAUGGACGAGGACGGCCUCGACGACGACGAGGACGACGACGUCGACAUGCGCACCUGCGCCUCGGACCAGCCCGACAACGAGAUGUCGCACAUCAACGACAGCAACGCCUCGACGCCCUCCAACUGCAGUGGCACCAACAACAACAACAACAACAACAACGGCAGCGGCGGCGGCAGCGGCAAGAAACGCCACUCGAGCCUGUCCGGCGGACAGAAUCAGAAUUGCCCCUCCGGCCAGAGCAACGGAAACAACGGCGGUAGCGGUGGUGGCGGUGGCGGUGGUGGUGGCAGUAGCGGAGGAAAACCUCGUCGAGCUCGCACGGCGUUCACGUACGAGCAGCUCGUGGCACUGGAGAACAAGUUCAAGACCACACGCUACCUGUCGGUCUGCGAGCGACUGAACCUGGCCCUGUCGCUAUCCCUCACGGAGACGCAGGUCAAGAUCUGGUUUCAGAAUCGCCGCACCAAGUGGAAGAAGCAGAACCCGGGCCUGGACGUCAACAGUCCGACGGUGCCGACGACGCCGCCGCAUCCGUCGCCCUACGGGCCGACCUUCCUGUUCGCCGCGCAUCCGCACGGCCACGCGCAUCCACACGCUCAUCCGCACGCGCACGUGCAUCACGCGCCCCCGCCGCCGGGCUACUAUCAUCAUCCCGGGGCGCCCGGGCCCUACGGCGCCUCGGCUCCGAGCUUCUUCGGGCAUCAUCUGAGCGCGGCGACGGCGGCGGCUGCGUCCACCGUGCAGCAGCAGCAGCAGCAGACGACGUCGUCGACGCCGACGACGGCAGCGACACCUACGCCGAACGUGACCACUAGCGCCGCUCACACGCAUGCGUAGCAGCAGCAGCAGCAGCGGAUCAAGCCCGUGCGCGUGAUCGUGCAGCAUCAGCAGCAGCCCCCGAGUAAUUGGAGCGGCAAAAAACGUGAUUCGAAAGCGGACGAGUAGUUUCGCUGCACGGAUGUAAAUAGUUGAUUAUGAAAUUCAAGUGUACCGGGAGAUUAUUGUCUUGACACGGUGUAUUUAGCGUACUGCUGAAAUUUCGGUUCACUGAACGCAUUGUCGAGUGUGAUAGUUACUGUUUUCUUUUUAUUAUUUAUCGGUUAUUAAAAUUUCUAUUUCCCAGGUAGAAAUGCUCAAUAUUAAUACGGGCUCAAUAAACAAUUCAUUGACAUAUUUUUGACAAUUUUUCAUAUAAAUUACUUUAAAAUUAUCAAACGUAUCUUAAAUAAUUUAAAACCGGACGAUUAAAUUAUUGAAAAAACUUUAGGUCGGGUUUCGACCACUUUCAAUACGAUAAUUUUUAGGCCUUCACCGCUAGAUGGCGAGUAGUUUCGUAACUGUGAAUCUGCAAGUGGCAAAGUCGAAGUAUGGUAUAUAAGUCAAGCACAGCAGUGCCUACUUAUACACAAUUUUAUCUUUUAAAGCUAGCCCUUGAAGUAUUGAGCAUUUCCACGAGGGUCAUCGAUGCUUUCAGUCAAAUUUUAAUUGUGAAAAAAGGCAAUUUGGCUUGCCAUAUCGUUGGAACAAGAUUGCGACGGUUGUCAAGCAUUGGCAUACCUGCUCAACUUGUUUCCAUUUCUCUAUUGGCCACUAGUGCAAUAAUGUAAAAAUUAAAUUUAUCAUUAAUAAAUUGCAUAGGGAUCGAAUUUUUUUAUAAUUAUGUGGAUAUGAAAAUGUAACAUAAUUGCUGCUCGUACGGAUAUCUUCUGCCUAUUGCGAAAAAACUUUUCAUGUAAAUAAAAAACAAUCAAAUCUGUAAAUAAAGAGAUAACAAAUUCUAACGGUAUCAAAAAUUUGAGAAUCUCGAUUCGUGUAUUGUGUAUCGAGCGACCGAUGUAAGAAAAAAAAAAGCAGAACAAAACCUUUUAAAAUUAGAUUAGUUAAAAAAAUAUAUUCACUCUACUAGUAAAGAUUUAAGAUUUAUUGUAUAUAAUAAAAAAAAUAAACGAACAAAAAGACGAAUCGUACACUGCUACACGAAGAAUACCAAAGAGAAUUAAAAUUUAUCGAUAAACAGAAAACAUUUCUCGCUUGUUUGUAUCGAAGAAAUUUUGUUAAAUUUACUAUGUUGUAUUUAAAAAAAAAAUAAACAAAAAUGAUCGUUCCGCCGUUCCGCGCGGCUCGAGUGUACGAGGCAAAACGAUCGAAACUGCAAAAGUGUGAUAUAAGUAUAUUGUAAUUGUGUAAAUGUGCGUGCUUGCGUGUGCGUGCGCCAACUUCGGGGUACCACUGCGUACCCGUUGCAUAUGGGAUUAUAUAAUUGAUAAAUAAAUCGAAGUCAUAAAAAAAAAAAAAAAUCAGUCGAUUUUCCGUG